CUUCACGAUGGGUCAAUUGGUGUUCCUGGUGUUCCAGGUGUUCCAGAAGGAGCAAAGGUUCUCUAUCUUCAUCGUCUCAGUCGGAGACGGACUCCAAUGGAGCACGAGGUUCCUCAGUCUUCCCCUCUUUCUCCUUUCUCCUGCCCGCUUAAUUCGAGGCUUGUAAGAAAGUAUCCAGUAGUAAUAGUAUCCAUCUUACCGACAGGCAAAGUUACAGACCUUUCCCUAUUCUGGCCCCUCUUUUUUUUUCCCUUUGCCCAAUUUUCGCCUCUUUUCUCCGGCUCACUCACGUUCCUCAGUCUCCCUCUCCCUUCUCCCUCUCCUCUCCAGUGUCUCGGUCUCCAUCCUCUCAGGCGCGCGCUCGCUCUCUCCCACUCUCUUUUCCCCCCCUUACCGGCUGAGCUUAAUCUUUCUCGCUCCCCGUCCUUCAGCCUCGCUCGCUUUCCUCCACCAUUUUCCUUCUCUUCCUUUCUGCAUUCUCAACCCCCUCCUCCUUCUCCCCUCCCCUCCGUUCAUCCAAUUCUCACAAGUAGAUUGGGGUAGGUUGACCACAAAGCAGCUGCUUGUUGAUACCCUCCAUUAUCUGCGUCUCUUUUCUUUCGAUACACCUCUUAUUACCUUGGAAACUUCGCUCCUACACACACACACACACACACACACUCACACACACUCACACACACGUACCUUGGCAACAACCGACAUAACUGGUGUACCAGUGUUCCACCUUCCUUUCGCCUCC